CGGCUCCGGGCGCAGCAGGAGGAGAUCCGCAGGCGGCUGCCCCGGGGCCCGGCGGGCCCCGCUCCCCGCGGUGGGAAAGAAAACCAAGGCCCGGUGACGGAGGGUACGUCUGACCCCAGGAUGCUGGUGUUGGUGGAACCCAGCCCUAGCAGAGCACGGGCGGCGCUCUGCUCACCCGUGAAGCCCACCGAGCGGGGCAGGGAGGGCAGAGGGGCGUCGCGGCACAGGACAAGCACCCAGAAAGCGGCAGAAUUGGAGGGGGGCUCACUCGGGGCAGAAAGAAGUUCCACACCAGCAGCUGCUGUCACCAGAUGUGCCAGGGGUGCCUCCAGAGGAGCUCGAGACAGCAGAAGCCCAGACGGAGAGGCCCUGCUUCCGGGACGCAGAGAGGGCAGCGAGCAGUUUGUCACCCUGCGCAGCCCUCAAGAGAAAGGCAGGGUGGGGACCAAGCUGGAGCCGGUGCUGAACCAGGCACAAGCGGAGGAGAAUGGCAAGCAUCCCGUGCUUGUUAGGGAGCCCAGGCGCCCUAAGUCCAUCCUGCUGAUGCCUCAGUGUAGAGAGGCCAAGAAGGAAGCAGGGCACGUGACUUUUCAGGACACCCUUGAGGAAUACACUAUCCCUGCAGAGAGCUGGUCAGUGCGGCCUCUUCUGGGCUAUGACUGGAUUGCAGGGCUGCUGGAGACAGAUUCUUCAGUGUCGGAGAAGUCUGAGCAGUACUUUGCUGAGCUCAAGGAGUUCCGGCUGGUGAACAAGGAAGCAUGUGUCUAUGAGCAAUGCCUCGAGCCAGAGUCCCUGGAUUACUUGGCUCCUGAACAAGACGCAGAUUUGGUUCCCACUUCCCAUCAGUGUGUCUACUGCUACCGGCUGAACAAGCACCUCUUUCCUGUCCCUGUGGACUCGGCAUCUGCCUGCCCCAUAUGUAAGACCCCAAGAGCCCAACGGCCCCCAGAGACCCUGGAGGAACCUGCCUACAUCAGGGUCAGCAUUCCCAGGGCCACCCUCCUGCCAGCCCACAAGUACAAAAUCCACCGCAGGAAGAGCUUUGAGGCAGCAGACAACCUGGCUUUACCCUCGCACUGCCUCGUUGGCUGGGAAAAUGUCAUCUCCUUUGGCAGCCCCACAAUGAGCAGUUUGGACCUGCGGACUUCACUGGAAGAGAAGCCCACUGACCCAUUCCCAUCUGAACUUGGCAUCCAGAGUGUCAGGAGGAACUAAGACACACCAUCUUCUGCAUCUGUCCCGCUCAGCCUUUUUCAGAUUUAAUAGUGCUUCUCAGCAGAGGGAUCAAGACAAACCACUCUACAGCACAGUUUCUAAUUAAAAUACUAGUCUCGAUCGUGUAAGCUGCUGACCCAAUUAGUCUUGGGAUACAGGGUAAUGAGAAGAGGUGGAAAGGAUUGGGUUUGCCUACAAAGGAAUCUUUAGAGAAGAGGAUUUCGAGUGUCCAUCACUGGCACAGGCACUCACAAAAUGUAUGCAGUGGAAUUGAGAGCCACAGUUAUGGCAAGAAUUGUCUCAAGUUUGUCUGGCUUAAAGCUCCUGAAAGACUGCAUGUGUGCGCUUCCCCAUGCAGUGGUAUGGAAUGAGUGUAUGAGAUCAGUCACAGUCAUUCCUUCACUCGAGACAUCUGUUAAGGUUAAGAAAACAAGAUGACUGGUCCUGUUCCCAUAUUAGAUCAGCCAUAGGGUGUGCUAAAAUAGGCACGUACCAAGAGUUUUCCCCUCACCUCUUAAAAGCCAAUCAAGAAUUUAAUACAGACUCUUUGCACUCUAGGACAAGGAGUUGGACUUUGGCCUGUACAGCACAACGGGAGCUAUACAGCGAAGUUCCUGCUUUCGGGGAUUUUGAAACCUCGUUGCAUGAAAUAACUAACCUGACGAAAUAAAAAAAAAUCCAGUUUUCUUUUGCUCCAUUAUCUUUGCAUGGAGAAUGGUGAUGGGCCAUAUUUAAUCUGGACCUGAAAUGAGCAGAAACCCACCUUUUAUGUUUCAUUCAGCCACAAGAUGAUUGGCAGUGUCUUAAAGUUGUGUUUGCCUCUGGUUUAUAAAGCUGGAAGGAUGGUAUGUUGACAAGUGACUCACGGUUGUUGUUUGUUUAGGGUGGGGGUUUUUAAUUGCAUCAGAUUGAAGACGUUGAAGCUUGUGUGAGGUGUAUUAGAUGGCAAGAUUUAUUCUCCUUUCUGAAAAUAAGAGUGGUAGUUUUAUAUUUUCUUGCCUAAAGCCUGGACAAUGGAUCCCUCUUCUGGGGGUUCAGUAAUGUAGACCAACCUUCUUGGUUAAUAGGUGGAUUCAGAAACCUUGGACUCAAGAUAUCUUUGGGCUUAUACCAGGUAUAAAUUUGGCCCCUUGUCUAUCAUUGUUACUGAACUUCUUUAGGCACUUGUACAACUUAACUUUUUAAAACAAAGCUUAAUCAAUUAAAAGUUUAAUUUUACAAGAUUAUAAAUGGAAGUAUUUUAAUAAGAAGUCAAAGGAUUUUUUGAUGGGGGUUA